CGCCGAAACCGCCAGGGUUGUUGAAAAUCUUUAUCACUUCUAUAGCUACAUCAAUGAAAGAGUUUAACUCUUCAAUUGUUAAAAAAUCAUCCAAAACAGCAAAACAGAAUUGUGAUGAUUCUCGAACUGAGUCAGAAGUAGACACAGAUGAAGAAACGAGCAAAAAAGGUAAUUCAGAUGAUAAAAGCAAAAAUUUAUUUGAUGAAUACGAACAAGAUGAUCUCACCGGCGUUAAAGACAAGAAAUUCAAGAGUGUCGUUCCUAGUGAUAAACCUGCAGCACAUAAAGUCAGUAACAAUAACGACGCUGAUAAAACUCAAUCAGAUGCUAUGAAGGAUCUCAUUAAAGACGAUGAUCUGUAUGGGAAAGAUUGGGCAGACGAAAAGAUGGAAAAAUUAAUAGACCAGAUUUACUGUAAAAAAUCUGAGUAUAACUUAGCCAAAAAACAUUGUCCAGUCAAGCAACUCAUGUGGCGCGGAGAUUAAUAACUGGUGUUUUCAAACCUUCCGGUUAUUUAACCGCUACUUACACUGGCCAAGCUUCACGCGCUCAUAAAUCAGAGAAACCAGAAUUGCAAAUAUAACCGCUCAAUGAAAUUGCGCGAAAUGAAAUAGUUGAUUUUGCUUUACAACUGGCUACUAGUAAGGGAUGGAAAACUAGAAAGGGAGUUCCUCAUACUAGAAGCGAUAUUGAAAGAGCCAUGUCUCAAAGAGUUGGUGAAUUAAAGCGGAGUCAUGAACUCGAGAAGAAAAAUAAUAAAAAUCCGACUGGAUAACAUUUAGAAAAAUGUUUUUUAAAUAUUAAAAAAAAAAAACUUUGAAUCAUUUAUGUCUU